GGCCCCGUCGUGCGGCGCCAUGGAGCGGGCGGCCGUGCUGCGCGUCAGGCGGAAGCGCGGCGGGACGGAGCCGGCCGGGGCCUUGCUCCUGGCCUGCAAACGGCCGCGCUCGGACCCCGAUCAGCAGCCCGACGGCGAUCACGAGCCCGAGAGGAACGUCUUUAAGCUGGUGGCCACGGUGUCUUCUAAGAGUGAACCAGUUCAGAAAUACGUCCAAGAAGUGAUCACUCGAGACAAAGCAGCGCAGAGUCUGCGCCCCUCUUUAGGCAGCACUCAGCGGGUCAUUCAGGAGCUCCGUUCUUCCAAGCAAGUGAAAAGGAAGGAAAACCGUUACCGGGUGGUUGCCAGCCACCGACCCCUCUGUACAGAGGCUGCUACACCCACCACAAACAGUGAGGUGUCGGCGGAUGGUGCCAGAGCAGCCUCCAGAGCAACGGAAGAUGCCUCCCAGAAGGAGAGCGGUGAUGGUGAGAAGGGUUCAGAUUGCUGUGGGAAAUUCCAGCUCUUUGAUAUCGUACAAGAAGAGGAGGCGGUGGGAGACUCCGGUGUGACUGCUGCAAACCCACAGCAGAAGACUGAUCCAGAUGUGAUUCUUUGCAAUGCAGUAGAGAUGAUCCGUGAGCGUUUAAAUGUAUCUGAAGAUGGCAAAAAAGAACACCAUGAGAAAGAAGAGGAGUAUGUUUAUGACAUCUACUACAUGGAAACGUCAGCCCCUGGCUGGAUCCAGAACAUCCUUUCUGUACAGCCCUAUAGAGAAGAAUAUGAACUGGUAGGUGAUGAUCACGUUCCAGGGGAAAUAUAUGAAGAUGAAGAUGAUGAAAAUGAUGAAAAUAACUGGCGUAAUGACUAUCCUGAUGAAGAUGAAUUCUUAGCAGAGGAAGAUGGUGAUGGAGAAAAGGACUCUGAAGAGAGCUUCAGUGAUGAGGACCAAUGCUACAGGAGAAGAACAUGGAGCAAAUACAGACAGGAGAUUCUACAGGAAUUUGGAUAUGAUGAGAUUCAGGAUUUGGAUUCUGACUAACCACCCUCUUUUGAAGGUGAAAGGAAUACUGAAGGUGAAAUUCUACUGUUGCAAAAGCACUGAAAAUCCAGAUGGCUGCUGAUGGCUAUUUGUAAGAAUACUAAACUAAAAACAACCCAACCAAAAACACCCAACCUCACAAAACCUUUGUAAGCUGUGUAAGCUGUGCUCACUGGGGCAAUAGGACACCAGUCUUUAGGUGGAUGAACUUUUAAGCUAUUUUUUUGGCCUCACUGGCCUUGUGAAACUUGUUGGUUCAUCCUACUGGUUACUAAGACUUGAGUGUGAGAUACUGAUUGUGCUUCCAGUAAAUGGUUCCAAUAAAUCCUUUUACUAUCUGAGCAGCCAACUUCAGCUGGUAAACAGAGGGGUGUGAAGAUGGCCACUUGGCAAUACGAAUUUCCAAGCUCCUAUGUGCUUUAAGAGAGUUUUUGUGCCCAUUCUGAAGGAACUUUUUGUUUUUAAAGCUGCUUGCAGAAACAUUUGUACUUGUACUGACAACACCUCCACCUUACAAUUGAAGGGACUGUUGGCAGCAGCCCUUCUGCUUAUGACAAAUGUGUCAGGUUUCCCAAUAAGAUCAAGGAGACUGAUGUGAUGACAAGUAGAAGGCCUGGAAAAAGGCACUCGGGACAGAGUGCUGUCUACUGUAUUUGUUCUGAGUUUCAAGUCUUUGCAAGUGUGUGGGCAUAUGAAAUGCAUGGUCCUGUCCAUCUUAUUGCUGGAUCUCUCCAGGAGUUUUGCUGUUGGAGUAGAACAAUGUAUGUGCAUUUAAAGUUGUAAAUAAAGAACUUUUGACUAA